UCUUCUGCGGCCGUGUCCAUUUUCGGUUCCCGUUUUCCUCGCUGAUCGCUCGCUUCGCUCUCUGUCUUUAGCAUAGAUUAUAUAUAUAUUUUUAUCCGCGAAAAUCAAAAUCUCCAAAAUUGGAAUCCAACACAGGGACACAGAUACCUUUCCCUUUACUUCUUUCCAUCUAAUCUUCUUCCUCCUCGCCUGCCUUUUAUCCACGAGAGGAGGAUAAGAUUCAGAGAACAUGGCGGAGUCGCCGGAUAAUCCUCACCGACGGAGUUGUUCCGGCGAUUCGGUUGUUUGCGAAAAUGGCAUUGCCUCCAACUCUUCUGGGGUUAUUGAUAGUAGUUUGGUCAAACAUAGCGUGUCUGGAGAAACGUCAGCAACUGGGAAAUCUGACUCAGGUUCCAGCCAUCAGGAAAAAUCUGGUAGACAUGGAGAGAGCUAUCAUUUAAGCAUAUUGGCAGCAAAAUUGUUCGAUGAUAGAAUUCCUUUCAAAAAGAAGAUCAAAUUACUUCCUCAAUUUGCAAAUAUUAAAGACGAUGGAACUGUACAAUUAGAAGUGCCCGGAGAUAUCAAACCGCCGAGUUUGGAUCUUGUCAAAGUUGUUCAAGAUGAAAGUACUGAUGAGGAACCUUUUGACACAGCUGAGCCUCAAGAUAUACCUCCCUUGCAAAUAGUAAUGCUUAUUGUUGGAACACGGGGAGAUGUUCAACCAUUUAUUGCCAUCGGAAAACGUCUACAGGAAGAUGGUCACAGGGUUAGAUUAGCAACUCAUGCAAAUUUUAAGGACUUUGUUUUGACUGCUGGAUUGGAAUUUUUCCCUCUAGGUGGAGAUCCAAAAGUUCUUGCUGGCUACAUGGUAAAAAAUAAAGGUUUCUUGCCAUCUUCACCUUCAGAAAUAUCUAUUCAGAGGCAUCAACUGAGGGAUAUCAUAUUCUCUUUACUUCCUGCAUGCCAGAACCCUGAUCCUGAUACAAAAAUUCCAUUUAAAGCGAAUGCAAUAAUAGCCAAUCCCCCAGCAUAUGGACAUACACAUGUUGCAGAGGCUCUAAAAGUACCAAUUCACAUAUUCUUCACAAUGCCUUGGACGCCUACUAGUGAAUUUCCCCAUCCUCUAUCUCGUGUUAAGCAACCAGUUGCGUAUAAAUUGUCAUAUCAAAUUGUAGAUUCAAUGAUUUGGCUUGGAAUACGAAACAUCAUUAACGAAUUUAGGAAGAAAAAGUUGAAGCUAAGACCUGUCACAUAUUUAAGUGGAUACUAUAGCUCUUCUCCUGAUCUGCCUUACGGGUAUAUAUGGAGUCCUCACCUUGUUCCCAAACCAAAAGACUGGGGACCAAAAAUUGAUGUUGUUGGAUUUUGCUUCCUUGACCUUGCAUCAAACUAUGAACCUCCUAAUUCACUUGUGGAAUGGCUAGAAGGUGGAGAUCCACCUAUCUAUGUUGGUUUUGGUAGCCUUCCUCUUCAAGAACCAGAGAAGAUGACCCAGAUUAUAGUUACAGCAUUGGAAGAGACUGGUCAAAGAGGCAUCAUUAACAAGGGCUGGGGUGGUCUUGGGAAUUUGGCAGAACCAAAGGAGUUUGUCUACUUACUAGACAAUUGCCCUCAUGACUGGCUGUUCUCAAGAUGCAAGGCUGUGGUGCAUCAUGGCGGUGCUGGAACAACUGCUGCUGGUCUCAAAGUUGGGUGUCCGACAACCAUUGUACCUUUCUUCGGGGACCAGCCUUUCUGGGGAGAGCAGGUUCAUGCCAGAGGAUUAGGCCCUGCACCUAUUCCAGUUGAUGAGUUUUCACUUGAAAAGUUGGUUGAUGCAAUACACUUCAUGCUAGAUCCCAAGGUGAAAGAGCAUGCUAUGGAGUUGGCCAAGGCCAUGGAGGAGGAGAAUGGGGUACAAGGUGCUGUAAAUGCCUUCUAUAAACAUUUUCCUCGACAAAAAUUGGAACCUGAACCUUCACCUAAGCCUGCACAUCCAAAGUGUCCUUCUAUAAAAAGUUGUUUUGCUUGCCAUUGAUUUUCAAUCGAGCCUUUUCCCCCUCCCAUAUCAAGAGAAUUGUGCAAAAAGUGAACGGGAGGGAAAAGAAACUCGUUCAUUGAUCUGAAAAAUACAGAAGGCCUGCUCUGCCUUAUAUACACGAAGAGAGAGAAGACAGUUUUCCUGCCUAGCAACUAGUUGUAACAGGAAAACUAUAAUGAAACAAUGCGUUUCACUCUAAUACAAUGCUCACCGUUUUACUAA